AGUAUCAUUUAUUGAAACCAUACUUAAGAUACUAGGUCUUAUAACUUCUAAUUGAAAAAAAUGAUGCAAUUGGGAGAAGCCCGAGUGCAAGACGUUCAAAAGAUACACAAUUCGAAUAUUUUUCAAAGUAUUUUGGAGCUACGACCGAAUCGCGCUGAACCAAGUAUCGAAACUGAGCGCCCACCGAGUACCGGAAACGCGGAAGCGCUGAGGAUGACGGCCACUUGUGGAAUGGCUGCAGCCACGAAGCUACGGCGUCGGCAGACCCGAGUCCAGGCCAAAAGGCGAAUCACAGGCCUCGCCGAGGAGCGCCGAGGCGAGCAACAAGUCCACCGCCCAGGGGUGGGCUGGGGCUUCUACCCGCACGAAGGCCCCAAGCGAAGCCAAACUGGCGAAUGGAGAGCAGCCUGAACGGGCUCAAAGUCUGAGUCAA